AUGUCUGGAAUUUUUUCGAAAACUUUGUCAGAAGUAAAACCAAGCUUACUUACUUCUGGGAUGGGUAUUGGUAAUACACAUAGAAGAAUAUCGUUAGGCUAUCUCCCUCCUGAUAAUAAAAAUCCUUUAGUUAGAAAAUUUAAGAGUAAAGGACAGAAACGAAGGAGAACUAGAAAGAGAAGCACCGGCCAACGAAGUUUUAGGUCCUUGGUAGACGAUUUUGGGAGUAGUGUGCAUGAACCUAUUCCCGAUAUAGAUGAAAGAGAGUUAUUAAAUAAUGUUGAAGAUUAUAACGAAUAUUAUGAUGAUAUAGAAAACCAACCUCAUGAUUCAAGAAGUGGCGAUGAAAUAAGUAGAACCACAUCACUUCCGUCCAUGACUUCUGAAAACUCCGAAAUUGAGACAAAUCCUGAUGUGGAUUGGAUUUUACAAGAACAUGAUCGGAGAUACUCAUCAGCACAUCAUCCAACAUCUGAAGAAGAUCUUCCUCCUGAUAGUAGUGCUGCUGAAGGUGAUGUUGAUUAUGGUUCUUUUAUGAAUCGUGUUCAAACCAGAAGAAAAUUAUACAAAGAGGCCUUACGAGAAGGUUCUCAAGGUCCUCGAAGACAAUCUCUUAUGUCUGUUACAAGUAGGGGGUCUAUACCACAUAUAUAUCAGGAAUCACUAGAUGAAGAAUCUCUGAUGGUUCUUGCACACGAGCAUGUGACGUAUAGAACAGAGGCUAAAGUUUUGGCCUCAUAUUCUCUGCCGUUAAUGUUUACAUUCUUGUUGGAAGAUAUUUUCCCAUUAGUAUGUUCUUUAACUGUCGGUUAUUUAGGUAAGAAUGAAUUGGCAGCCGUUUCCUUAGCAUCGAUGACCUCAAACAUUACACUGGGUUUCUUUGAAGGUAUUGCUACAAGUUUAGAUACUUUAUGCCCACAAGCUUACGGUGCGGGUAGGUAUUAUAGUGUUGGUGUCCAUCUUCAACGUUGUGUUGCAUUCUCAUUAGUUAUCUAUAUCCCAUUUGCCCUUUUCUGGUAUUACUCAGAACCAUUAUUGAUGUUAGUCGUUCCAGAAAAAGAAUUGGUUCAUUUAACAGCUCAAUUCUUGAAAGUAUUAAUAUUUGGUGCUCCUGCCUAUAUUUUCUUUGAAAAUUUGAAAAGAUUCUUACAAGCACAAGGUAUCUUUGAUGCAGGUAUAUAUGUUUUGUUAAUUUGUGCUCCAUUGAAUAUUGUAAUGAGUUGGACUUUAGUUUGGAAUAAGUAUAUCGGCAUCGGGUUUAUAGGGUCCGCAGUAGCUGUGGUUAUCAAUUUCUGGUUAAUGUUUUUCCUAUUAUUAAUGUACGUCAUCUUUAUCGAAGGUAAAAAAUGUUGGGGAGGUUUCUCUAGAAAAGCUUUUACUCAUUGGAGAGAUUUAAUGCACUUGGCAUUCUCAGGUGUUAUCAUGUUAGAAGCAGAAGAAAUAUCUUAUGAAUGUUUAACUUUGUUUAGUGCAUACUUUGGUACAGAAUAUUUAGCUGCUCAAUCUGCUGUCUCAUCAGUUGCCGCUUUAAUAUAUAUGGUUCCAUUUGCAAUUGGUAUCUCAACUUCUACAAGAAUUGCAAACUUUAUUGGUGCUAAAAGAAUCGAUUUUGCUCAUAUUUCAGCUAAAGUUGGGUUGUCAUUUUCCUUUAUUGCAGGUAUGACUAAUUGUGUCUUGCUAACAUUAAGCCGUAACUUUGUUGCAGGUAUUUUCUCAAGAGAUGAGACAGUUAAAGGGUUAAUAUCUGGGAUUUUACCAGUUGUUGGUUUCAUUCAGAAUUUUGAUUCUUUGAAUGCAGUAGCCGGUUCUUGUCUGAGAGGUCAAGGUAUGCAAUCUGUAGGUAGUAUCGUUAAUUUAGUUGGUUACUACUGUUUUGGUAUCCCAUUAGCUAUGAUACUAAGUUGGGUAUUUGACUGGAAAUUAUAUGGACUAUGGGUAGGUAUUGGUUGUGCCAUGCUUGUAGUUGGUUCAAUUGAAUCUUACUUUGUUUUACAACCAAACUGGGAUCGUAUUUUAAGUUAUGCCGAAAAAUUAAGAGAGCAAGAUAGAGAUGAGGAAGAAGAGGAAUACUUUUCUGACUCUAGUGAUGACGAAGGGGACGAACAUAGUACUUCAUCUGAAGAAGCUUCACGCAGACCUAACGAAAAUACUGCUUUGUUAGGAAUUGUAUAA